GGUACGGAUCUGUUCUGAGAUUCAUGGUUCUGUAAUUUUUGCUAUUAUCUCGUGAAGUUGUCUGGGUCUCAGUUUUCUCGUAUUGGAUGUCUUUAUUUCUGGUCUGAAUCGAGUCUGCAAGAAUGAGAUUUGAAAAUGUAGCUUAAAGUAUUUUGACUUUAAGCAGAAAUCUUACGAUUUUAGUGUGAUAUUUCCUUCUGUUGUGCAGUUGGAAUAAUUGUUUUGUCUUGAAAUUUUUGCUAUUUUCUCGUGUAGUUGUCUGAUUUGGAGUUAGUUGUCUGGUUCUCAUUUUCCUCGUAUAUGAGUCUUUAUUUCUGGUCUGAAUCAAACUUGCAAACAUGAAAUUUGAAAAUGUAGGUUAAAGUUUAUGACUUUAAGAAUAAACUCUAUGCUGUUGGUGUUAUUUGUCUUGUGUGUUGCAGUUGAAAAUUAGCUGUCUGGUUCCCAAUUAUCUCGUAUACGGUGUUUAUUGGUUUCAAUCGAGUUUGCAAGGCUGAGAUUUGAAAUAUAGCUAAAGUUUAUGACUUUAAGAAGUAGCCUUAUGUUGUUGGUGUGAUUUUUUCUUGUGUGGUGCAGGUUGAGUAAUGGGUUUGAAUCUGAAUCCAAUAUUGAGACAAGAACUGGCUAAUCUUGACAAAGACACAGAGAGUCGUAAAUCAGCAAUGAAAGCUCUUAAAUCUUAUGUGAAGGACUUGGAUUCAAAGGCUAUUCCUGGUUUUCUAGCUCAAGUUUUCGAGACUAAAGAAACCAACUCUUUGUCCGGUGAAUACACGAUUUCGCUUUAUGAAAUCCUUGCUCGUGUUCAUGGACCUAACAUUGUGCCUCAGAUUGAUACAAUCAUGUCCACUAUUGUCAAGACUUUGGCUUCUAGUGCUGGUUCUUUCCCUCUUCAACAAGCGUGUUCGAAAGUUAUUCCGGCGAUUGCUCGAUAUGGGAUCGAUCCGACUACUACAGAAGACAAGAAACGAGUUAUAAUCCACUCUUUGUGUAAGCCUCUUACGGAUUCUCUAUUGGCCUCUCAAGAGAGCCUUACUUCAGGGGCUGCUUUGUGUUUGAAGGCUCUUGUGGAUAGUGACAAUUGGCGGUUUGCUUCGGAUGAGAUGGUGAACAGGGUUUGUCAAAAUGUGGUAGUUGCGUUGGACUCAAACUCCAACCAAACACAUCUUCAAAUGGGUUUGGUUAUGUCACUUGCCAAGCAUAAUCCUUUGAUUGUUGAAGCUUAUGCAAGGUUGCUGAUACACACGGGGUUGCGAAUUCUAGGAUUUGGAGUAUCUGAAGGAAACUCGCAGAAACGAUUAUCAGCAGUCCAAAUGUUGAACUUCCUUAUGAAGUGCUUGGAUCCGAGAAGCAUAUACUCGGAAGUUGAGUUGAUAAUAAAAGAAAUGGAGAGGUGUCAAUCUGACCAAAUGGCUUAUGUUAGAGGAGCUGCUUAUGAAGCAAUGAUGACUUCAAAAAGAAUAGCGGCAGAGCUCGAGUCGAAGAUGGAGAAAGGUUGUCGUUCUGUUACUGGUUCGAAUUUCAGUCGAAGAAACUGUUCGUCCAUUGUUCCUGAUUACUCCUUAUCACCUGAAUCACAGACUCUAGGCUCUUUUAGCGGGUAUGAUUCUCCGGUUGAGUCCUCGCCUAUUUCUCAUACUUCUUGUAACUCUGAAUUUGAUCGGAGGAGUGUGAACCGCAAACUUUGGAGACGUGAUGAGAAUGGAGGAGUGGUUGAUAUCUCUUUAAAGGAUGGUCUUUUCUCCCGUGUAACUAAAGGAAGCACCACUGUCUCUGAUUCACCUCUUGUACCGUAUGAUACUUGUGAAAAUGGAGAUGAAUUUGAAGGGUUUCUAAUGGAAAGUUUGAGAAACACCACUCCUAGUCCUCAGAGACAGCGUUCACGUCGCAUCAAUGCUGAAGAUUUCAACAUCUUCAGCACUCCACGGAAGCUAAUCAGCUCUCUUCAAUAUCCUGAUGAUGUUGAUUUAGAUCAUUCAGACAUCCAAAGUCCAAUACUGAGAGGCGAGAGAGAGAAAACCAUAGGAUCUCGCAAGAAUCCUAAACUCAGAAAGCAAUUUCCAACCAUGGUGGAAACAAUGUCAUCAACUAUCACAGUUAGUGAAGACACAGCUCAAACACAGAUGAUAACCGGUAAGAAGAAGAAGAAGAAGAUGAGCUAUGCCAAACUCGUUAUUGCGAUAUCUUUUGUUGUGGUGGCUCUCUUCGCAACUGUGAUAUUGAUGGUGAAUCAAGAUGAUGAUGUUGGUUACUACACUGUCCCUACAUGAUUCACCUCUUAUUGGUGUUAAGUUUAAUCGUAGUGUAGCAGAGAGAGUAGUUUAGCUAUUUAAUUACGUGUUAGUUGUUUGUAAUGAACUUGAUACAAGAUGUAGUAGAAUCUUCUUCUACUUGUUGUUCUCAUUUUGUUUUGUAUGGAAAUGUUAAGAAUAUAAACGAUGUUAGUA